AUGGCUAGUUGCAAGCAUGUUUUCAUUUUGGCUUUAAUUGUAACAUUGUCUUUGUCAAGCAUUAAUAUGAGUUUGGCUGCUCGUCAACUAUUGCAAACGCCUGCAGCUCCGUCUCUGCCAACAUUGCCUCCAUUGCCCUCAGUGCCAACACUGCCUCAAGCCACAUUGCCACCACUGCCAACUACCACACUGCCACCAUUGCCGUCACUGCCAACUCAACCAACUCUGCCAAAGUCCACGUUGCCACCAUUGCCAAGCACCCAAAUCCCCUCCUUACCAAAUCCAACUUUGCCAACAACUCUUCCUCCUUUGCCUGCCACUCCAUUGCCCACCAUCCCUACAACAAUCCCGUCAAUUCCUACAAUUCCAACAAUUCCCUUCUUCUCCCCACCCCCAUCAAACUGA